AUGACUGGGUACACUAACUCCCAUCUGGUGCCGUUCCUCGACCAGCCUCCCUCUAACGAUUUCAUUCUACGUGACCACCAAUUAGCAGAGCUUUUCCAGCCAAUUGAUUCUUCCGACCGUGUUUCCUUGGUCGACCCUUUUAGCAACACUGAAGAUCCAAUAAGGAGAUUCAUUAUUGGCUCUCGUAAUCCGAGACCGAACCCCAAAGUUCCUAUUCCUCGAAUAUCUACUCCGGUGAGCUGGACAAACGGGGCCCGAGUCAGUCAAGCAUGCGAAGCUUGCCGUGGGCCAAAGAUCAAGUGCAGCGGUCAUCGACCAGCCUGUCAUAGAUGUGAGGAGAUCGGUAUCGUCUGCCAAUACGGCGAUCGAAAAAGAGAGAAGACUGAUAAGCAGCUCAACAAUCUAAACGCACAGAUUGGAUUGUUAGAAAAUCUGUUGCGUGAUCUCUAUCCUAGACUCGACACCCAAUCUGCCGAAUAUGUUGACCGAACCCUGGGUAAAGUGAGCUUACCCCCCCUUCCCAGCCUACCACGGCAAGCUAAAUUGGCUUAUCUCAUCUUCAAAACCAUUCUUUCUAUGUUAUCUAACAAUACCCAGAUUUCAAGACAUGAUCGGGGCCCGCCGACUGUCCCUGGACUACCGGAAGCGUGUAAAGUAGCUGAAGAUCCAUUAGUCACCGUUGACUACACACAAGAAGAUUUCAAUCGCCUCGGAGAAAUGCAGGCCUUAGGGUUUGUGGGUGAACACUCAGAAAUGGCAUGGUUGUACAGACUUAAGAACGCACUCGAACAAAGCCCUGCCAAGCCAUCCACAUCCCAGGAGGACUUCUGUCGAUUAUCCGUCACGUCUAUGGAUUUUUACCAAAAUGACUGUGAUAUGGCGAUACGAGAUGAAGUGGGUUUGUUAGAACGGCCUUCGCAGGGCAUGGCCGACCAGCUCAUCAGCACGUAUUUUCAAAUCAUUCAUCCAUCAUUCCCGAUCAUUGGGAGAAGGACAUUCGUGGCUCAAUUCCGAUCAUAUUAUUCGGAUCCAACCACAAGACCCGGGAAGCAAUGGCUGGCAGUGUUGAACUUCAUGUUUGCCAUUGCGGCAAUGCAUUUAUCGCCCGUGAAGAAGCUAACUGAGUGCAAGGAAUGUCCACAUUUAGUAUACUUUUCACGGGCGUGGAUACUUAGUAUGGACAAGGCGUCUCUACGGGAUCAUCCUAGUUUGCAGCAGGUGCAAGUCGAGGGCUUAGCAGCCUUUUACCUACUUGCAAGCGGCCAAGUCAACAGGUCAUGGAAGUGUUGCGGUAUUGCGAUGCGCUCCGCUCUGGCUAUGGGGCUUAAUCUCCGUAGUGAGAGUCAGAGUGUUGCCCCAUUAUCGAAAGAGAUAAGGUAUCGGGUGUGGUGGGCUUUGUAUGUGUUGGAUACCUCGCUUUCUGUGAUGACUGGGCGUCCUCCGGGGAUUAGUGGGAUAUUCUGCACAACGCCGCUUCCUAUACCUUUUGAAGAGGGGCACCUCCAGAGCGACUAUGUCUUGAAGUAUAUUAUAGACAAAGGGGCUCGGAGCUGCCUUUUGGAAACGUUGCUUUCCACUGGGGGUGGAAAUAUGUCAAAGCAUAGCCUGACCGAAAGUGUACCGCCAGGUUAUCCAGCGUCGAACAAACAAUCACCCAAAGAAAACACUGCACCGGUUAUGGCGGAACUCCCACAACCAAACAACUCGUUGUGUUUCCUUUACGCUGUGAGUCUCACGAUCUUAACGCGCGAGGCAAUCGAUAAGCUUUAUGCACCAGGUGCUGCCCAUAAACCAUGGUUCGAGAUAGAGAUCGUGAUUUCUUCAUUGAAUGACAAAGCGGACAGCUGGCUUGAUUCGCUCCCAGCCCCUUACAAUUUCAAAGCCAUAAGCAAAGCUGGGCCCCUGAGGCGUCAAUGUGCCAGCCUCGCUUUUCACUUCUAUUCGACAAAGCUUUUCAUCACGCAACCCUGUCUUCGCCGGCUCAUUUACAGGUCACCAGUGUCGGACGUUCGUAUGGAUGCCUCCGAUUCCAUGACGGCCAUUUGCAUUCAGGCCGCAUGCCAACUACUCGAUUUACUACCAGAUGAGCCAGACUUGACUUGGCUGUAUGGCGUUUGUCCAUGGUGGUGUGCUCUCCACUAUUUCAUGCAGUCUAUUACCAUAAUAUUGACUGGGUCUUUCAUCCGUACCAGAUUGGGCACAAUUGACACAAUCAGCAUCAUGCCAAAGUUGCGAAAGGCUACAGUUUGGUUGAAGGAGAUGUCAAAGAUAAAUGUUUCUGCACGGAAAGCCUGGCUU